ACAAGAUGGCAGACGACGUGGAGAAUGAGUCUGAAGAGACACCGACCACCUUGGCCGUUCAAGGCCCGGCCAAGUACUUUGAUAUUCGUUUUUACAAUAUCAUCGUUCUUGGGGUUGCCUUCAUGCUUGUUUUUACAGCAUUUCAAACGGCGUCUAUGGCAGAGGAAAGUGUCUUACAGAGUGCACAAGUUAAUUCCUCAUUUACUGGAGAUGGUUACACCAGCCUGGCCAUCAUCUAUUCCAUGUUUUCUCUCUCAAACUGGGCAGCUCCCUCCAUCCUGAGCCUUAUUGGGCCUAAGUUAUGUAUGAUUGUUGGUGCGGUGAUGUACUUUUUAUUUAUUCUCCAGUUUCUAAAACCAAUGACAUGGGCGUUGUAUACUGGGUCUGUUUUGGUUGGAUUUGGGGCAGCAAUUUUAUGGACUGGGCAGGGUAAUUUCCUCACUAUUAACUCAGACACUGAAACUGUGGGCAGAAACAGUGGAAUUUUCUGGGCUUUGUUACAAUGCAGCUUGUUGUUUGGGAACCUGUACUCUUACCUCACUCUGAGGGGGAACUUUGACAUCCCUGUGUCAGAGAGGACCAAGCUGUUCCUGGGACUGUCUGGGGCUUGUGGGCUGGGCAUACUCACCCUGGUCCUACUCCGCAAGAGAAGAGAGAGAGAUUCCAACAGUCUUAUAGGAUUGAAUGCCAGUAAGGUCAAAUCGGACACUCCUCUGGAGGCACUCAAGCGUUCCUUCCACCUGCUGAAGACAAGAGAGAUGCUGUUUUUAAGCUUGACCUUUGCCUAUACAGGUUUGGAGCUGACGUUUUUCAGUGGUGUCUAUGGCACCUGUGUAGGACAUACUCAGCAUUUUGGGAAUGACGCCAAAGGUCUGCUGGGUAUUUCGGGCAUGUUCAUCGGAGCAGGGGAGAUCAUAGCUGGUACCAUGUUUGGGCUGUUUGGCAGUCGCACCAAUAAGUAUGGCCGUGACCCAAUUGUGCUGGUGGGUUAUGUGCUGCACAUGGCUGCCUUCUAUCUAAUCUUCAUCAACCUACCCAGCAACUCCCCGUUACAGAGCACCAUGGGAUCCACUUACAUCGAGGCCAAUGUAUAUGUGGCCAUUUUAUGCAGCUUCUUGCUUGGAUUUGGUGAUGCCAGUUUUAAUACUCAGCUUUAUUCUCUGUUGGGAUUUAUGUUCCCUGAAGACAGUGCUCCUGCGUUUGCUCUCUACAAGUUUGUUCAGUCGGUGGCUGCUGCUAUUGGCUUUGCCUACAGUUUACAGCUGCUGCUGCACUGGCAGCUGCUCAUCCUGGUGGUAACAGGCACGCUCGGGGCGUACGCCUUCUGUGUGAUUGAGUGGAGCUGCAACCGGGCAGCAAAAGAGGGCUACAUCCAAAUUUGACAGGAGGACCAGGGAGAGGGAGAAGUCCACACUGAGGUGACUGGAGAGAGCCAUUUAUAGAUGCUAUACUCCAGCUGGCUGGCUGUUUCAGAUUUGACUGGAGACCAUUGUUGACAUGACUCCCAACUCCCUGACUGGCGAGAUUAUUUAGAGAUUAAACCACAGCAAACCUGUGAUUUAGAGCAGUGGAUGGGAAAAUGGGGGUCAAACAAAUCAGUUUGUACUUGUACUGUACAUUGAACUUGUUUGCAAGGGUUGUUGGGUAUGUGGCAAGAGCAGUGGAUUUAUACAAGGUUUUCCUGGUUAGUCAAUUACCUGGGAAGAGUAGAGGCUUUCAUCAGGGUUUUCCUGGUUAGUCAGGUACAUGGUGAGAGUAAAGGCUUUAAUCAGGGUUUUCCUGGUUAGUCAGGUACAUGGUGAGAGUAAAGGCUUUAAUCAGGGUUUUCCUGGUUAGUCAGGUACAUGGUGAGAGUAAAGGCUUUAAUCAGGGUUUCCCUGGUUAGCCAGGUACAUGGUGAGAGUAAAGGUUUUCAUCAGGGUUUCCCUGGUAAGAGCAGAGGGUUUCUGCAGGGUUUUUUCGUCUAAACCAUGACAAAGGCAGGUUUUCCUGGUUAGUCAGGUACAUGGCGACACUGGAGGUCUUCAUCAGGGUAGGUCAGGUACCUGGUGAGAGAAGCUUUUGAUGAAGUCUUCUUGGCCACAGAUAUCUGGGUAUAUGUGAUCACAAUUCCAUCUGAUAUUGUGCAACUCUCAUUCACAAGUGUCAGACUUGGCCUUGCAUCAAUUUCACACAUAUCUGCCAAUGGCAUUGGCGUCUGCAUGCCGUUUCGGGUUCCCUUCACAUUUAAGGCAGAUAACUCUCUCUCCGUGAACGAUUGUGGAGCACAGCGUUCAACACCAGUCAGUAUACACGGGUUUACUUCCAGCAGAGAAAAGCUGAAUGUUGACGUGGUUUGCGUUGAGCUUCACCUGUGUUCUGUCAGAAAGAUUCCUCGUAUAGAGAGCAUGAUUUUCUCUUUAUUUUUCUAUUAUGGGAAUAGAUGCAUGUAAAUGAUCUGAUCAGACUUAAGAACAAUAAAAAUUAUAUUAAAUUUUAUUUCUUCAUGCUUUGCGAUUACAUGUACUUUUGUAUUAUAUAAUUGAAUAAAAAUCUUCUGUACAAAUAUUA